AUUCUAAAUUACGUUUAUAUUAUUUAGAAAAAUGAAAAGUAUAUUAAAUAGUUAUGAGCAAAGAAUAGUUGAUCGUAUCGACAAUGAAAUUGGAAGUGAAUUCAAUAAAAUACAUCGUGCUUCUUUGCUGAUAGAAGAAUACAAGCAACGCUCUGAGUGUUUACAAAACAAAAUAAAAAAAAAUUUUAAAAUUGAGGAAAAUGAUACAUUAUUUCCUACUACAUCACAACAAGAGGAGAGUGCGAGCACUACGGUAGAUGAUCACAUUAAAAAGCUUGACGAUGUCGGCGAUAUCAUUAAAAGUAAAAUUGAGAAAAUAACUGAAGUCAUGAAUGGAGUACAAUACGAGGUUGAACAGGUACAAAAAUUAAAGACUUUGGUGCGGUAUCUUAAAGUGUUACAACACAUACAAGAAAUCAGCCAAGAUUUAACAAAUGCUGUAAACGGACGCGAUGAAGGAAAAAUGGUAAACUUAUAUUUGACACUAUACGAAGAAAACGACCGUGAAAAUAGUGUUCUCGGAAGGUUGUGGAAUGUAGACGCACCGGUGUUGAAAUCGUAUGCUAUAAGCACUGCAUCCAAAUGGCAUUCCUUACUUAAAACAAAGUUUUCGAGUGAAUUUACAGCAAUACUAAAAGCGAUGCGUUGGGGUCAAAUAGAGCACGAUUCAUUAACUUACUCUCCUUCGAAAGACAACACUGCCAAAGCACAAUUAUUAGCCGAAUAUCUCCUUUUGAUAAAAUCUCCAAGCGAUGAAACUGAACUCUUGCAAGUUAUAACACCUAGUAUUAUGUGUCCACCAUUAACCACAGUGACCAAGUUACUGCUAGCGCCAUAUAGGCAAAGAUUUACUUAUCAUUUUACUGGUACACGUCAAACAAAUCGUUUGGAUAAACCUGAAUGGUUUUUUACACAAAUACUCAACUGGGGAAAGAUAGCACAUCUUUUUGUAGGUAAAACAUUCCAACAGGCAGCAGUAAAUGCUGGAAAAGUAGAUUUAAAUAUACGUCUCGAGUUCAUACGUGGCCUUAUACAAUUAACUAUUGAAAAACUUGCUGCUGACAUUGAAGAAAUCAGCGCAGAUGAGAAUCUUUUUGCGCAUUUAAUCGAUGAGACAUUAGCUUUCGAAUCUGAAAUGCGUUUAGCUUUUGGUUAUCCUGCAAGCUUUCCCAGUUCAAUUUCUGUUUUAACGCAACCAGUCUAUUUAUUAAAAUGGAUAACACUGGAAGAACAAUUUUGCGCGGAAAAAAUGGAUUUAAUACUGCAGAGUGAACACCCUUGGUUGUUCAUUGAUCCCAACAUAUUUGAUGAUGAAUUAAAAAUACCAAGAUGUGCUGAUCAAUUUAUGCGCUUAUUAGAAGCUAUAAAAGAUCGAUAUUGCGCGCUUCUACAACCUGGUCAUCAAUUACAGUUCCUUAAUUUGCAACUUAAAUUAAUCGAUAGUUUUCGCAGACGCCUGGUGCAGUUGCAUAGUAAUGGUGUGGUUGACACUACACCAAUUUUAAAUGCCAUCAACUAUAUUACAAUGGUGCUUCAGGAAUGGGGUGAAAAUGUGCAUUAUUUACAUUUAAAUACUGCCUUAUUUGGACCAAAUGCAAACGAUAUCAUUUCCGUGUUUGAAGAUCCUAUCAGCGAAUUAAAACAUUGGACUGAGCAAUUAAUUAAGAAUUUAAGUACAAAAUUAGUUAAUGAAAUAAAAGCUAAAUCUAUGUCAUAUCGAAGGGAUAACUGGGCAACUAUGCAGGAACAUAAUUCAAAAGAACCAUUUAUACUGUCUGCGAGUGCUGGAGAAAUGUUUCAAGUAAUGGUUACAAUUUUACAUAAUCUUGAACGAGAACUAUCGAGCAAUCUAUUCACCAUUACUUUAAGGCUCAUAGCUAAACAAAUUGAUGAUUACAUUAUGGAUUAUAUGAUAAUGAAUACUAAAUUUAAUCCUCCCGGUGCAGCGCAGUUUAAUUACGACAUGACACGUAAUUUGUUUGCUUUAUUUGGACAAUACAGCCGUAGACCGGAUUUACUCUUUAAAAAAAUUCAUGACGCAAAUAAACUACUCAAUGUUUCAUGUGGUGUUGCUUUGCUUUUGCAUGAGACUCUUCGGAACGCCACAACUCCUGAAGAGAAAUCUAAAGCUUUAAAAGAAGUGGGAAUUAUUAAUAUUACAAGUCAGACAUGCAUGGAAGUCUUAGAAAGACGAACUGACAUAAGAAUUUGUUAAACGCACAAACAGCUUAAAUGAACAGCUUAAAUUUUUUUAAAAGCUUUUUUUUACAUAUAUGGGAAGUUUUUAAUAA